AUGCCGCCGUGCGGAGUUUCUUUUUUUAAGAAGACUGUCUCGCUCACGGUUUUUGAUAGUGGUUUUUCCGUGAGACUUAGGGCAAAUGCCGAGACAGGGACAUGGGAGUGCUUAACGCAUGUUGGGUACCACAGAGUAAUUCCCCCCCUUGUCCGAAGAUUCAAGACUGAAGAGUCAAGACGCAAGAUCAAGACACAGGAGGGCGAGAGAAUCGGCUUCCAGGAAAGGAGAGGAUGCCUGAAGUCUAAGGCCUGGAGGAUUGAUCACCUUUCGGGAAAGAGACAAAAAGGGUCCUGCUCGGAAGUUCGAAGAAGGAUUAAAGGAUUGGGUUUAUCAUUAAGAAGAGAUGGUGCUCGACAUAGCAAAAAUGUAUCGUCAGAUUUUAGUUCAUCGCAACGACACCGACUACCAACGAAUUCUCUGGAAACUUCCCGACAGCCCUUCGGUUCAGCACUACCGCUUGCUAACGGUGAUCUACGGGUUCGCAUGUGCCCCCUAUCUCGCCAUGUCCUCCGCCAGCUCGCAUCAAAUGAAGGUCAAGCCUUUCCCAAAGCCGUCCAAAUUCUCGACAAGGUCAUUUACGUUGAUGAUACCCUGUUCGGAGCGGACGAUAUCGAAACUCUCAACGAAACUCGUGAACAACUCAUCGCGUUAAUGGAUCGAGGCGAAUUUCAAUUGCGAAAGUGGACGACUAACGCGAUGAAAUUACUACAGGACAUCCCACCUGAUCACCAGGAGCUCUCUAAUCAUUCGCUCUCUUAUGACGACUCUUUCAAAGUUUUAGGUCUCUCCUGGUUUCCCCUCGAAGAUUCCUUCCGAUUUAUCGUUGCGCCCUAUAAGAACCCUACACCUUCCAAACGAUCCAUCCUCUUCUUCGUGGCUAAGUUAUUUGACCCAUUAGGCUGGGCCUCUCCAAUCGUGAUUUCAGCCAAAAUCCUGUUACAAGAGUUGUGGCUCGCCAAAGUUGAGUGGGACGCCGCCCUGCCGGAAGAGAUUCGUCAUCGCUGGUCAAAAUAUUGCGCGGAGUUACCCUCCACAAUAACCGUAAUCAUAACAUUGAAAAUAAAAUUAUUACAGGUGGACGAAUUAGCCUUCCAUAAUUCCACACAACUUCAAUUGUUAGAUUUAUCUGGCAAUAUUCUAGAAACACUGAAUGAACGCACAAUGGAAGGUCUACUUCGAUUAGAAUCACUGGAUUUACGUAACAAUCGACUGGCCUCAUUACCCGAAACCAUUUUCGAUUCGUCGAGGAUUUACGCUGUGGAGAAAAUUGAUUUAUCUGGUAAUCGUUUUAAUGAAAUACCAAUCCGUGCAUUGCAACGGCAAGUCACAUCAUUAUUCAGCUUAAAAUUAGCUCGCAAUCGAGUGGUGGAAGUGUUUACACAAGACAUCAUCAAUAACGUGAAGGAGCUUGAUCUAUCUGAAAAUCCUUUAAGUGAAAACGCAAUACGCAGUAUUCUGGGCGAAGCAAAAAUAUUACGAUCGCUGAAUCUUGCCAAUACGAGUAUUAAGACUAUUCCUAGACUGGAAAUACCAUUUCUCAAACAUCUAAAUCUCUCGGGCAAUGAACUUGCAGAUAUUAAACCGGUUAUGUUGGAGCGUACUACGAUGUUAGAGAGUCUAGACGUGUCAAAAAACCGUUUGAAAGACUUUACGAAUCUGACUAACACCUUCAAAAAUCUGCCAGUUCUUCAAAGUCUAGACAUUUCCGAUAACAAAAUAAAGACUAUCAAUGAGAGCAACUUCGAUGGAUUAGCUACACUGCACUCCUUGAAAAUGGCCAACUUGUUAAAUUGUACUAGAAUCGAAAAAAAUGCAUUUAAAUCAUUAACAAAAUUGCGAUUUCUACAUGCCUAUAACUAUCCCAAAUUGGGUUAUUUCGACGUACAAGGCAUUUUGAAGAGUAUGGCAAAUCUAGAGAUAUUGGAUAUUGAAAUCAAGGACUCAUCGAUAGGUAACGAGCAGUUAUCAGCGCGUAUUCAUCCUUAUUUACGAGAAUUGACAUUACGAGGAGAAAGAUUGCGCAACAUUCUUUCAAGUUCAUUAGUCGGUGUGCGGGGACCAAAGUUGUUUCUAAGUCUGAAGGAUACUUCAGUAGAUUCCAUACCAACAGCUCUCUUUUUUCCAAUACCGCGUUCCACCAAAGUUGAAUUAAAUGUCGCUGGCAGCAAGUUUGCUAAUCUACCACCUCAAUUAUUAGCUGCUUUGGAUGAACGUGGAGGUUCCGUAAAAAUUAGUGGAUUGGAUAACAAUCCGAUCAACUGCAGUUGUGAAGCGAGACAUCUGUGGAAAUGGCUCAAAUUGUCAGGCAAUAAAGUAUCCACUAUUGUCUGUGCCAAUCCCGAUAAUUUAAUGGGUAUAUCUCUGAGUAAUCUUACGGAGGAGUAUUUAUGCGAUCAUACCACGUCGACAAAAUCACAAAUGACAGAAACUACAUUAAUGAAAUCAACGACUUUAGAACCAGAAAUCAUUUGGACUGUCGCACCAACGAUACAAAACAAUCGAAAUAAUUACUAUAAUAAUGAUCAUACAGGUAAGUCUUAUUAA